AUGAUUAAGUCAAGGCUUCAAUGGUGGCCAAAAACUUCUGACCUUUUCCCCUCUUCUCAGGCUAGUUUUCGACCAGGAAGAUCUUGCGCUGACAACCUUACAAUGCUGACUAUGUCCGUGAAGGAGGCCUUUUCAAUGGGCAAAGACGUACUGGCUUGCUUUCUUGUCAAAGGAGCGUUUGAUAAUGUUAACAGUGAUAUUCUAAUGAAAAAAUUCAGUACUAUGGAAUGCCCUCAUAACAUUGUUAAUCUCGUAAACUUUCUAACGCACGAACGUAAUGUCACGUUUGUUGUUAACGACUCCUACAUUUUCAUAAGAAAAGUAUUUAAGGGCUUGUCCCAAGGUGGAGUCCUCAGCCCUCUCCUAUAUCUUAUUUACGUGAAUGAUAUUAUAGUCAGCCUAAAUCCUUUUAUCCAAAUUUCACAGUUUGCGAAUGACAUAGCUAUUUACUGUCCAGUUACAAUACCUAGCAAAAGUAAAAGAACUUUAGAAAAAACUAUCACCAUCUUAGGUGCCAAUUUUGACCACCUUGGUUUAUCUUUAGCACUUGAAAAGACUAUCCUAAUUCACUUCAACCAAAAAGAGAUCCGACCAGUGGCAUAA